AUGGCUACAAACGGCGCCAAUGGUGUCCCGCACCAGAAACCUUCUCUGCCACCCGUCUACAUUGUCGCUGUCGCACGGACACCCGUGGGCAUGUUUCUCGGGUCACUGUCAUCCCUGACAGCAACUCAGCUCGGUUCUCAUGCCAUCAAAUCUGCCCUUGAAAGAGUACCAGAGAUCAAGCCUCAGGACGUACAAGAAGUCUUCUUUGGAAAUGUAUUGUCUGCAAAUCUUGGUCAAAACCCUGCGCGUCAAUGUGCCCUCGGAGCUGGCCUUGGAGACUCAACUGUCUGCACAACCGUCAACAAGGUCUGCGCAUCCAGCGUCAAGGCCAUCGUUCUUGGAACACAAACAAUCAUGACUGGAAACGCGGACAUUGUCGUUGCAGGCGGCGCGGAGUCCAUGUCCAACUGUCCCCAUUACCUCCCGAACAUGCGAACCGGUGCCAAAUUUGGCAACCAGACACUAGUGGACGGAGUGCUGAGAGACGGUCUAACAGACGCAUAUGGGAAGCAAGAGCACAUGGGUCUCCAAGGUGAGGAGUGUGCGCGGGACCACGACUUCAACCGAGAACAGCAGGACGAUUAUGCUAUCAGAUCGUAUCAACGAGCGCAGGCCGCGCAGAAAGAUGGCCUGUUUGACUUCGAAAUUGCUCCUGUCACAUUGCCUGGUGUUAGAGGAAAGCCUGGCGUCACGGUGGACAAGGACGACGAACCGAAGAAUCUGAACGAAGAGAAGCUUCGCUCAAUGAAGCCCGCUUUCAUUCCCAAUGGGGGCACCGUGACUGCUCCUAACGCCUCGCCUCUGAGCGACGGCGCGGCAGCUGUUGUGCUUGUUUCAGAAGCCAAGCUCAAGGAACUGAACAUCAAGCCUUUGGCAAAAGUUCUGGGUUGGGGCGACGCUGCCCAACAGCCGAACAAAUUCACCACUGCCCCAGCUCUCGCAAUUCCCAAAGCCUUGAAGCAUGCUGGUAUCAACCAAGGUGACGUGGAUGUAUUCGAGAUCAAUGAAGCAUUUAGCGUUGUGGCGCUCGCCAACGUCAAGCUGCUGGGACUCGAUGCUGAAAAGGUCAACGUCCAUGGUGGUGCUGUCGCAAUUGGCCAUCCCUUAGGAGCCUCCGGUGCUAGAAUUGUUGCGACACUGUUGGGUGUAUUGAAGGCCAAGAGAAGCAAGAUUGGCUGUGUCGGUAUUUGCAAUGGUGGCGGCGGUGCUAGUGCACUGGUGCUUGAGUCUUUGAUGUAA